AUGAGUUAUCAACAAUCGGACAUGUAUCACGAUUCCUCCGCGCGUUCCCCCGGCUCCCAGCGGCAUCAACAACCCCUACAUCGUCAACCUUCACGCCAGUUUGACGCUUACGGUCCCAUGCCUGUCAAUCUGUACGAGGAUCAGAUGGCCCGCUACGAGUCGGCCCGACUGGAGCGGUUGAACCCGUCGCUGCAGAACAACUCGUACGGCUAUGAUCUGUCAGGCUCGCAGACGUGGAAUCCGAAUGGAUUUGCCAACGCACAAACACUGGGUGGCAUUCGAUCGGCCUCGGCCAGUUUGAAGCCGGCCGCUCGCGGAAGGACUGGCCUGCCCACGACCUGGCUCGAUCAGCAGCCCGGCAUGCCUAACACCUUCUCCAACCUGGGCCCCGGAGGACUUCAAAGUGCCGCGAUGCGACCGGAACCAUCGGCUUCGUCUGAAGCCGAUGACGAACUCAUCCCGACUGCGAUCGUGAUCAAGAACAUCCCCUUUGCUGUGAAGAAGGAGCAGCUGGUGCAGUUGAUGACAGAGUUGAACCUCCCCCUGCCUUACGCCUUCAACUACCACUUCGACAACGGCGUGUUCCGUGGUCUGGCCUUUGCCAACUUCACCUCGGCGGAGGAGACGGCCACAGUGAUUGAGGUUCUGAACCACUUUGAACUGCAAGGCCGGAAACUGCGGGUCGAGUACAAGAAGAUGCUGCCGCUUCAGGAACGCGAACGCAUCGAGCGUGAAAAGCGAGAGCGUCGGGGCCAGCUGGAAGAACAGCACCGCCCCAUGCCAUCCUCUCAGCUUCACACGCAGAGUUCCAUGUCCUCAUUGACUUCGCAUAUCCCUGCAACCUCUCCGUCGCCCGUAUCCCAGCGCGGUCAGAAGCUUGAUGUGGAUUUGAACGACACCACGACCCUCCAGUACUAUUCGCAGCUCUUGUUGUUCAAGGAAGAUACUGGUCGCGAUUCGGUGAUUUUCCCUCCCAACCUGACUCCGUCCCACCGCCGCACGGUCCACACUCUGGCCCACAACAUGGGCCUUGCUCAUGCCUCUCGUGGCAGCGGCGAGCAACGCCAGGUCCAGGUGUUCAAGGUGGCCGCGGGCACCAAUGUGAGCCCGCCCCUGUCGUCCAUCCCGCCCGCGGGCCAGUCGGACAGCUCUCGUCGUGGCCUGAACCGUGCCGCCACCAUCGACUUUAGCGAGGCUCGCAAUGAGGGAGGGCCCGGUGCCUUGAACACUCUCCGUGGGCAGAACUCCGGCUUCCUUGGCGUCUUGGACUCGCCGAGCAACUUUGCCAAUACCCAAAACCUGCGGGCGGCUAAGUCGUUCGCGGAUCUCCGCUCCUACACCCCAUCGCCCGUUCCCUCGUCCGCCAGCUUCCCGGCCGCUCUGCAGUCCAAUGGAACGCGGUUACAGUACGAGGGUGCACCGACUGGAAGCUCCAACACCCCCACUCUCACCUCGGCGCCCUCUGGGUCCUCUCUCGGCGUGCAGCGUGAUGACAACCUGCUGGUCAACAGCCUGGGUGGACUGUCGUUGGGCACGGGCAUUGGCGGCCCAAACUCGAGCCCUCGUCGCUUGAGGGGCAUGUUCUCUUGGGACCAGGACACUCAGCCCUCAACUGCAGGAACUAUCGGUAGCAACCGUGGUAUGGGAGUGGGAUAUGAUACCCCGCAGCAAGAGCGCAUGCCGAUGCGCCAGCCCCGCGGCCCGACCCCUGAGAAAGGCCCCGGUUUUCGCCGCCAAAAUGGCCACCAACCGCGUGGGAGUGAUGAGCUUCGCACGAGUUCCGGAGUCGAGAUUAUUGUGGAGUAG